AUGGGCCACAGUCAAUCGUACGAUUUGCGGAAUCCGGAAAAAUUCGUCGAAAUUGUGGAUUCGGAAAAUCCGGGAACAGUGAGAGGAGUUCGACGAAUCAGCAAGGAACAUCACACCGAUACCGUAUAUGUGAGUGCUUUCGAGUGCGGAGCGGCUGCGUAGCGGUUUUUUCGGGGAAAAAUGGUGAAAAUUGAUGGAUUUUGAGCCAUUUUAUAAGAAAAAUGAGUUCUUUCGAGUGCGGAGCGGCUAAGCGUCGCGGUUUUUCUCACAAAAUUCAAAUAUUUUGCAGAGUUUCGAUCUGCGGGAAGAUGAGCUCCGCGAGCGGAUCCGGAAAGAGGAAUUACGCAGGCAGGGUGCGGAACUCGAAUCAUUACGCAUCAAAAAUGAAGCGGAACACGGUAAGUUACCCAGAAAUUCGUGAUCUACGUGAAAUUUUGGUCUAGGAAGAGUCUACAGUACUCCUACAGUACUCUAAUCUGGAAUUUAAACAAGGGUUCUGAAAUUUCUUGUAGAUUAAAACUACAGUACCUUCACCUACAGUAACCCAAUCUGAAGCUUUUCAGAAAAGUUCCAAAUUUUCAGUAGAUCAAAACUACAGUACUUCUACAGUAUCCUAAUCUGAAACUUUUCAUUCCAAAAACUAGAAAAAAAUCUUUAGCUCACAAAAUUGUUCCAAACUUUCUUUAGAUCAAAUCUACAGUACUCCUACAGUAUCCUAAUCUGAAACUUUUCUUUCCAAAAACUAGAAAAAAAUCUUUAGCUCACAAAAUUGUUCCAAAUUUUCUCUAGAUCAAAACUACAGUACCCCCACCUACAGUACCCUAAUCUGAAGCUUUUCAAAAAAGUUCCAAAAUGUUCUCUAGAUCAUAACUACAGUACCCCCCUACAGUACUCUUUUUCCGCAGGCGGAAUAAUCGACGCCUACCGUACCGCUUCACCCACACACAAAGAAUUCAGCCACUACGAUCAACUCAAACAUCACAGCCCAAUUCCGAUGGAAAAAUUGGAAAAGGUAGGAGACUACAGUAAUCCGGGUUACUGUAGAUUAUUUUAGCUUUAUCGAUUGGUUGAUAUAAAUAAUGGAGAAUGUUUGAAAUUCGAACCAGUUGGCGGAAAUCGAUUGUAUGAUACAGUACCCGUGGAAUAUGAGCAAGAAAAUUCGGGUUAUCAUCGAAUUCGAGAUCUUGAAGUUGAAAAUUCUACAAGUCCAGUUACCACUGAAGUUCAAUCUGAAAGAUCAGUAGAUGUUCAUCCUGAAGUUCCACUUGAAAGAUCGGAAGAAGUUGGAAGAUCGGCGAUUCCUAGAUAUCAACAUGCAGAAUAUCAGGCUAGAACAUUUAGAGAAGUUCCGGAGCCGGCUAGAAGAUCAGUAGAACUUGAGAGUUCAAGCUUGCCACGUCAUAGCUCCGAUGGUCCGAAACGACAUGAGAUCUUGCUGGAGAAAAGAUCAGUCGAAGUUCCGAGCUAUGUUCCUAGAAGAUCUGUGGAGGUUCUAGAGAUGAGUUCGGAAGUUGGGAAGUCUACCCUGCCACGUCAUAACCAUCCAGAAUACCGAAAUCUUGCUGGAGAAAAGAUCAGUCGAAGUUCCGAGCUAUGUUCCUAGAAGAUCUGUGGAGGUUCUAGAGAUGAGUUCGGAAGUUGGGAAGUCUACCCUGCCACGUCAUAACCAUCCAGAAUACCGAACUGGACCAGUAACACCUUCGGAAACACCUAGAAGAUCAGUAGAAGUUCUGGAGGUCACAGAGAAAGAUCCACUGAACUCGGAAGAUCAACUUUGCCACGUCAUAACCAUCCAGAAUACUAUCCAGGAUAUACCGGAACUUCCGAAGCGCCUAGAAGAUCUGUAGAAGUUCUAGAGGUCACAGAGAGAUCUACUGAACUCGGAAAAUCCACACUGCCACGUCAUAACCAUCCAGAAUACUAUCCAGGAUAUACCGGAACUUCAGAAACACCUAGAAGAUCAGUAGAAGUCCUAGAUGUCACUGAAAGAUCCACUGAACUCGGAAAAUCCACUCUGCCACGUCAUAACCAUCCAGAAUACCGAACUGGACCAGUAACACCUUCGGAAACACCUAGAAGAUCUGUAGAACUUCUAGAAUCCCCGCUGCCACGUCAUAACCCUCCGGAACCCUCUCAAGGUACAGUACCCCCAUCUACAGUACCCCAUGUAUCGUUUCAGGACCCAAAUUCUCCUCGAUAGAGCACUAUUUCUCGACUCCAGCUCAAAACGCAGCCGAGAUUUUGCCACGUCAUCCCGAAGUUCAGCCACAUCCAAUGCCACGUUACGUACCGCCCAUGACAAUACCUACAGUACCCCAAUCGCCACGUGUCACCAAUAUCUCGGAAAUCCACGCGGAGAAGCGUUUGGUGGUUGGUGUCACAGCACCUCCCGCAGCUACAGUAUCCCAAUCACAAUGCGGAAUCGAGUACUGUACCCACGUGGCAGUUGGUGAAGAAGAGGUGGGUCUUACAGCGAAAUGAUGUCUCUACAGUACCCCCAUUUUUUAAAGGAACAUGAUGAUGAGAUGGAAAAUGUGGUGCAUUUGGUGAAAGAUGAGGAUUUGCCGGGAAAUUUGACGAGUAGAUCAAGGAAAAUUAUGGAAGAGGUAGGAGAAAUAGUGUGGAUUUGGAAGAGAGCGCAGAGAAAACAGCGAAAAAUAGUGUGGAUUUUGAAGAGAGUGCAGAGAAAACAGCGAAAAAUAGUGUAGAAUAAGUGGAGAGCGCAGAGAAACAGGCUCCGCCCCUUUUAUAAAGAAAACAAGCAGCGCCUAUGCUUAAUUAGAAGAGAGCGCAGAGAAAACUAGGCAGCGCCUAUGUUUUAUUUUGAGAGAGCGCAGAGAAAUAGGCUCCGCCCCUUUUAAAAAGAAGCAGCGCCUAUGUAUUAUUUGAAGAGAGCGCAGAGAAAAACGAAAAAAUAGUGCUGCUUUUAGAGAGAGCGCAGAGAAAAACACGUAAUUUCUUGCAGAAACUCUUCUAUUCGCCAUAUUUGCCAACACUUUCAUUGGAACGCCGUCCAGUAGUCGGUUUUUACGAUAAACUACCGUGA